CCGUUCAGCGGCCGUCAGCGACAAAUCAGCUGCGGCAGUCAGACAGAUUUAUCGCAGAGCGGAAAUGAGGGCGACACUGAGUCCAGGGGUACUACACCCCUACUAGUAUGUCGGCUGAGAAUGCUGAGCAGAUACAGGCCUACGUACAGGAGGUAACCAAAGAACUGGCCACUGAAAUCAAAUCGGAGAUCCGCGAGGUUAUCAACAAGGUGGAAGAUGUUCUGUCGGAAAGUGCUGACUCGUUGGAAACCAACGGCUCACUGAACAGUGAGGCCGGAAAACGCUACAGCAUCGACUUCAACGCCCCGCCAAUGCUGGCCACAAUGCAACAGAACCAGUCCUACCAACCUGCCCCAUUCACCGUGUAUGGGUCGCCAGGAGGCAGCCAGUUCUACCAACCUAUGGUGGCCAUACCUAAUCAGGUAACCUACCAACAGCUGACCAGUACCCCUUCGCUGCCCACGUUCACGAUGGGGGGGAGCCAACAGCCUCAACAGGGGGGUCCCUCACUGAUGCACACCAACAGCAGCGACUCUGUGUCUCUCAUGUCAGACCAUGUGGAGAGUAUCUGGCUGAGCUCACCUCCGAAGUUGUCUCCGAUCUCAAGUCUGAGCUGAAGUCGGAGUUCCGCGAAAUGGUGAGCGCCGUCGACGGUCUAAUAUCGCCCGACGUCCGUUCAUCGUCGGUGAGCGAAAAUGGCGACGUUGCCGAUAAUGGCAACGGCGGGCAGAAAAAUGGCAACAAAUGCUGCAGCCAUUCGGUGAAACGCAAUGG